AUGCAGCAACACCAACAAUAUGAAGUUAGUUCAGAUCUGCCUCAAUCAACAAACAUAAAACUCUUACACCAUUCAACUCCAAACUUCCAGGAAAUUGCAGAAUUGAAAAAUUUGAGAUAUCGAAAUCUUCAUGCUGCUAUAAAUUCUCCCAAAACUACAUUUUCCAAUUCCCAUUCAAUGUUGUUCUUGUUGACGCCAUCAACAUGCAAAUUGAACGGAAAUUUUCUGAAAAGCUUUCGGAAAAAUGUUUUUGGAAAAAGAACUAUAUGA